AUGAUGACUCCACGCUCCUUCCAGCUGGCGCAGCGGCAGCAACAGCAUCAGCACCAACGCCCUCUUUCCUCCCCUUGUACUACCGGGACUAGUCAUCACAAUACUUUAUCUAUUCCUACUCCCUCUCUAUCUCCCGUCCUCACUCCCAUUUCCACACGUUUAUCUUGCUCCUCAUCCUCACCCUCACCUUUACCUUCUCUUCCUUCGUCUCCUCAUCACUUUCCAUCGUCUGAGCAUCAGUCUCUAUCGAUCCCAGGUACAUUCCACUUACAUACAUCGCCACCGGCAUCCACUACCAAGUUGGCGACUCCAGCGAUUUCGACGAAGCAGUCGACCACAUUUUCACUCUCGCGCUGGUCGCCCAAGUAUGACGAUAACAAGAAGCGCACUACAACAAUCACUAUAUCUUCAGCUCAGCCGACCUUCGAUGCAACAAUGGGUAAACGCAAAGAUUGGCGGGAGACUUCCAGCUUGUCCCCUUCAAGCCCACCCAAAACCACUGUCAGCUUGACCAUGAGACCUACUACACCUACCAGCCCUGUCAAGAUCCCUACCACCAACAACCGAUAUACCGCCCACCCUCAAAAACGUCAUUCAUCACAGAGGAAACAAAGCAAUGACUCUCGAUCUUCGGACAACCUCUCACCAUCUCUAGCUGCACUUCUGGCCGUCACGGAUAUUCCCAAGCACAAGCAGCUUCAGCGACGACGACGAAGAUCUGAAAAGACCUUGACGGUCCAGGAGGUCAUCGAAUGCCAACAUGCUUCAGAAAAGGAACUUAGCUGGACAUUCAGCAGUCCUCUCGACAUGCUUCUCUCACCACCUCAGGAUAUAAUGGACGAUGACGACAGUGUGAGCGAUUGCAACAUUGGUUCCAGCAUGUCCACAAGGACCUACUCCAUUGAUUCAAUCCCUUCCCUGGAUGGCUCGUUCUCAAGCGAUGGUCUCUCAUCUCUCGGAAGCCCAAGGACUCCUAGCCCAUGUUCCCGAAGAACUAAAUCGACUCCCAUGCGAAAGUCCCUGGAGCCCGUCAUCUCGCCGCCUGGUUCGGUAGAUGAGCACCCAUUAGCCAGAGACGAUUUGGAUGUUGACGACUUUGACCUCACCACUGUCGAUCAACCCGAGGAGGUUCAGCCCAAAUCACAGUUUCUGGAACCUUUCAAGCCGUUGAGGUCUGUCUUCAAGUCAAACCUUACUGCGUCUCUCCGGGCUCUCCGCUCGGCUGCUCGAUCCUUUUCGGUUCUCAAUCUUCCAUCUAUUCCUCCAGAUGAUUACCUGACUCGAUCAAUUCUGACCAUUGAUCCCAAUGUCCCUUAUGCAGAUGAGCGCCGCCCACCUGUAUCUGAGGAAAUGCCUUCGGCAGCCAUGCGCCGUUAUCUCAACCCUACGACGAACGCCAGAAUUGAACCGCCCGCAAAAACCGUUUUCGCGGGAACUUUUGCUGCAUCCAUUCAAAUGCGUACUUACAAGAUCCAGCGCUCCCGAGCACCUCCGGGCUCUACCCGAAACUCUUAUCCAUCGACUUCGCUCCAGUCACAACCCUCCCCUGCACCUCAGCAGCCACAGCCGCAAGCCCCCACACUGGUGCCAGGUAUGCGACAGCGGGAAAUGCGUGAGAACUCCGACUUCAUCCGUAUUGCUGUGAUGGAGAUGGCCAUGCGCAAAUGUGGGAAGCUCGAUGACCAGCGACCCGGACGGGCCCGUUUUGCACUUCCUCCUCGACAAACAUCGACCAAGCCCUACGAAAUGGGUGCGAAUGGUGUUCCCGCCCGCUGGGUUCCUAUUAUGGCAUAG